GGGCGGCGGCGAGGCCGGGCGGGCUGCGCGCAGAGGGCGCGCAGGGCCGGGGCCAGGCGGGCGCCAUGGAAGGGCUGCGGCGCGGCCUGUCGCGCUGGAAGCGCUACCACAUCAAGGUGCACCUGGCGGACGAGGCGCUGCUGCUGCCGCUCACCGUGCGGCCGUGGGACACGUUGAGCGACCUGCGCGCGCAGCUGGUGGGCCGGGGCGUGAGCUCCUGGAAGCGCGCCUUCUACUACAACGCGCGGCGCCUGGACGACCACCAGACGGUGCGCGAGGCGCGCCUGCAGGACGGCGCGGUGCUGCUGCUUGUCAGCGACCCCAGACAGGGUCUUCCAGCCCAAGGAAGGUUCUGCAGAGAACCGCAUCUGAGCCAUGGGAACAGUGUGGAUAGUCUGGGUUGGAGGAAGUGGAGCCAUGUCUGAGAGGACCCAAGAUGCUGGCUGAAGGGAUAGGCUUGGGUAGGGGACACCUUUGGGAGACACUUCACUCCACCCCCUCAUCCCCGUGAGCCUGGGACUUUAGGUUCUGUGCUCCCAAGUGGAUAGUGAACACUGGCCUGGCCAGAUGGUGCCUACUAUCUUGAACAUUCCUGAUGGAGCCCCAGUCCCUGCUACUGACCUUGGAUGUUGCUAUUCCGUCCAGCCUACCAGGGAGGAGCCAUGAGUCUUCCAAUGCUGUGUGUGACCUGGGGGCUAUGGCCUUGGGCCUCAAGAGCCCUAUCUUCAGUGGGAGCCCCCAUGCCAUGGUGGGCAGCCAGAAGGGAUCCCGUGAAGAGCACCGUGGGGAUGAGUUUGGGGCACCGUCCCUCUUGCCUUGUACAUUCUCCCAGCCACACCUUUGCCCAAGCUGUGCUCCCUGCCUGCGUGGGACCAAUCUACCUGAGAUUCCAGCCUCUUCCAGAAAGUCUUCUCAGAUUCCCUUCUUCUCAGCCAGUGUACACUUCAUCCCCUUUGGGGGCCCCACAAACCCCCUCUCCUAUGAACAGCCCUGGCUGAGCAUGCAGCCAGAUAUUCCUGAGCUCUCAAAUGACUAAGACCAGAGACCGGGUGACCCCAGCCCUCUCCCAGCGCUCCAAGGCUACGCUUCACUCCAUCCACACCUCCAGACGAUGUACCUGUGCCUACCUUUUGAUGGUUUCCUCUUUCUCCUAAGUCCUUCUGCUUCACCCCCUGCACAGGAGUCCCCCGGGUGAGUCUGAAAGGCUCUGGCCAAGUGGACUGGCAGAAAUCACCUGGAAGGUGACUGUUGCAGCAUUCCAGGUAGAGACCUUCCAGUAGAGCACUGGGGUCUCAGAUGGACCUCUGACCUGCGGCCAUGUGGCAUUGAGUCCUGCAUGGAGACCUGGGGAAGGGUCUUUGGAGAGGGGUUUAGGGGCAGCUUGCUUCCUCGAGUGCCAUGUUCACAUUCUGGGUAACCCACAACACAAGGGCAGAGGUUCGGGAGCCUGGGAAGAAAUAAUGUUUUAAUUAUGAGUCCUGGGCGGUGCCUGUGGCUCAAAGGAGUAGGGCACCAGCCCCAUAUGCCGGAGGUGGCGGGUUCAAACCCAACCCUGGCCAAAAACUGCAAAAAAAAAAAAAAAAAAACUAUGAGUCCUCUUGGGGGUGAUGCCUGUGGCUCAGUGGGUAGAGUGCCGGCCCCAUAUACCAAGGGUGGCGGGUUCAAACCCAGCCCUGGCCAAUCUGCAACAAAAAAAAUAGCUAGACAUUGUAGCGGGCGCCUGUAGUCCCAGCUACUCCGGAGGCUGAGGCAAGAGAAUCGCCUAAGCCCAAGAGUUGGAGGUUGCUGUGAGCUGUGUGACGCCUCGGCACUCUACCGAGGGCAAUAAAGUGACACUCUGUCUCUAUAAAAAAAAUAAGAGUCCUGUUGGCUGCAGGCCCUGGUGUGCAGACAGGUAGUGUAUCUGACUUAGUUGAGGGAUAGCGCCUGGCCCCCCUUUCCUUCCUUUGGAAUGUCCUCUGUGUCCCUCCAACCCCAGUUGGGCUGACUGGGGGGGGCCAGAGGAGGGACCCCCCCCCACUUCCUUCCUUCAGACAGACUCAUUCGAGUUGCUAUAUUGCCAGGUGACCUAGGUGUCACCUGCCCCUGAGUAUGCCCAGGGAGGGGAUCUUCCUGAACCCUUCACCCCUCCCCUCCGUGCCCAGCCCAGGGCCAGGUCCCCAGAGACCCCAUGUCUGCUCCCUGGGGAUCCUCCUAGAGUAGGACCUCUACUUCCUCUUUAAUAGUGAGUAAACUGAGUCCUAAGGUGGUGGUUGGGGACACAGUGGGAAAGGCAAUCCAGUUGCCUGUGCAUGUGUGACCUGGAUCUCUGUCCACAACUGGGCCAUCUGUGCAUAUUCUGAGCCCUGGGACAUUUUGCUUAUAUGUUCCCCUGCACAUCCUUGAGGACCUGCCCCCUUAGGAUUCUACAGGAAAGUGGGGGUGUUUACCUCAACUCUAUUUCUCAGGAGUUCCUUCUCACCAGGGCCUGUGCCCAUUGUUGCAGGGCCCUGUCCUACUCAAAACACAACUGCACUGUUCAGCAGUGGCAGUGGCCUCUGAAUAAAACCCACUUGGCAGAUGUGUUUCAGCUUACUGGAGGUCACUGUGCCCCACCACCACCUUGGACUAAUGCCCUCAUAGCCUCUGAUCUGAGGGGUCCCUGGCCCCUGCCGGGAGCUGAUAGAGCAAGGGGGAGUGUUGCCUACUUCUUGACUGGCAGUGGAAGUGGGAGAAAGCAUUUUCAGGGCGUUUUGACAUUUAACAAACAGAAUGCAAAUUGCAUGCAAAUCACACACACACACACCCCACCCCCUGUUUCUUAAUCCUCGACAGCUCUGGCAUGUUCUGAAAUAAUAAUGUUGGACUUGUCCCUUGGGCAUGGCCAGGGCGGAGAGGUGCACAGCCUUUUCCUUCCUUCCUCCUCCUUCCGGUCUAUUCCUACAUCCUUUUUACUUCCCCCUCUUUCCCCCCUCCCUGGUUGUCUCCCUCCCUUUCUUACGUUUUUCCCCUUUCUUCCUUCACAUCAUUUGUUGAAGCCUCCCAGUCUUGAGAUUAACUUUAAUAGCAAAAGUGGCUUCUGGUCUCCCCCUGUCUAGAUUGAGAAACUGAGGCACAGGCAUGGCCUGCAGUCCCACUGCCACACUGUGGGAAGUGCCCCCCACUGAGUGUCAUCGUGGACCAAAGUACACAGUACCUGGACCCAAGGAGGAGAGAUGGCAGCUGCCGGAGUAGUCAGAGACCUGAUAGGGCUUGCCUGGGCAGAGAGGACUUGAUGUGGGUGGGGUUUCUUGGCCUCGAAUCGGGGGCUCUGAUGAAAGUGCACAUGGAGCCUUUCUGCUUCUGGAUUCUUCCUCCUGCUGCUCCAUCAGCAUGCUCCCCAGAUUCUGACCAUAGCUCCUCCAUUCAUUUUGCCUGCCUCACUGACUGUUUGACAAGCUCUUGUUCAUCUUUCAGAGCCCUGGCUUCAAUUUCUCCUUCUUUAUGCAGCCAUUUUUGAUCCUCCAAGAGUCCAAGAAGACCAUCUACUUCUCUCAGGGCUCCUGCUGCCCCGGCUCUGUCCUGGCCCACCAAUGAGCAACAGAGCUGGGAGGUCAGUGUCUCCUCCUGGAAAUCUGAGGAAUCACCACUUUUGGAGCCCCAGGGCCAUCCAGCUUGGGACUAUGUACAGGGAGGCCAUUUUGUGUAUGCACUGAAUAAAAGAUGAAGUGUUUGA